AUGUACUUCGUCUUUCAUAUUAUUUCACUGAAAAUACCUGCAACAAUACAAGAAAUGAAAGUAUUUAUUGCCCUUUUACUCGUUACUUUAGCAGUAGCUACUCGUGGUGUUCCACAAUCACGAUGCUCAAAGCUAUUAGCUGCUGGCCUAUCAUCGAAUUACAAUGAAAGUAUUGCUCAUGCUAUUCAUUCAAUGACUGUUCAAGGUUUACAACUCUUCAAUCCACGUGCCAAUGACCAAAAUACAAUUCCAACAGUUAACCAUAAUCUUCAUGAUAAAAAUGGAGUUAAAGUUCUUCCCUAUGCACCAAACGAUGCACUUCCAUCAGACUAUUUCGAUUUUACAAUGAACAUGAUCGAUAAAAUUCUUAGUAUGAUCGGUAAAUCAGAUGAUGGUCUUGGUGCUCAUUGGUCAUCAACAGAACGCAUUGUUCAUAAAUUUCAUAUGCGUGAUUUGUGGCUUCGUCUUCAAAAAGAAGUUCGUGAACUUUCACCAAAACCAUUAGCAUCAGUUUGUAAAUGUGUUUUGGAUGUUAAAUCAAAUGGUAUUUUUCGAGCUGUUGAAUGGAUCGCUGCACAUUAUGAAUCAGGUACACCUAUUACAUUACUCGAUCGUCCUAUUCCAAAAUUAGUUGAUUCUAAAACAUGGGAAUUCUGGAAAAACGAUCUUCUUCACUAUUAUACACCUGAAGCUCUUCACGAUGCAGCUGUUUAUCUUCAUUGUGCUACAAAAGAUUUUUAA